GAACGAGCACGCAAGGAAUGGGGGUGACGUCAUAAAGAGGCGGGGCGGCACAUCAAUCUGCCUAAGCCCGCCCAGUCUCAGAAGCAGGAAACCAGGAAGUGAAGUGAUCAGGCUGCAGGAGAGGAUGAAUCUGCGAGAUGAUUCUGAAGAUGGCUCUUCCACCUCCAGAUCCGAAAUUUGAUCUUAGAGGUGUUGGUGCAGAAAUCAACUGCUUGCACUUCAGUUGUAACGUUCACAAGCCGUGUCCACCUCUUCUUUUCUCUGGUUCUUCCAUUGGAGAGAUUCACUUGUGGAAUCUAAAUACGAGGCGAGCAGAGACUGUGUUGAAUGGACAUGGUGGCAAAUCUGUCUUCUGGAUCCACACCCUUCCUUCUAGAGAUAGACUAAUAAGUCAGGGUAGAGAUCUCCGGAUAUGUACAUGGAAUUUAGCAGAAGGAAGGAAUGACGUGGUGGAGUCUAUACCUGUCAAUAGUGUUGGUUUCUGUAAAUGUUCUCUAUUGAGUACUGAAUGCUGUCUACUAGCAGUGCCAGGAACAGAAAGCUCCCAGGUUCAAGUUAUGGACAUUGGAUCAAAAAAGAUUAUAAGCUCAAUGACACCUCCAACAGAUGGCGCAUGGGGAAUGGCUUUGUGCAUGAAACUUUGGCAGCCAAAAUCUGGACGUAGCCCUUUGCUUGUUGCUGGCUAUGAGGAUGGCUCAGUAGCCCUAUGGAAUGUCUUGGAGCACAGAUUACUAAGUAGGCAUAUAUUCCACAAGGAGCCUGUUAUGUGCAUUGACUUUGACUGUGACAAUGCCAGAGGGGUCUCUGGAUCCUCUGAGAAUAUAUUGAAUGUCUGGAGCAUUGAUGAACAACAGAACUUCAAGUAUUACAAAGCACAAGAACUUGUCAAUCCAGGAAUUGCUGAUGUCCGAAUACGUCAGGACAAGAAGAUUUUGGCAACAGCUGGCUGGGACUAUCGUGUUCGGAUUUUUGGGUGGAAGAAAGUGAAGCCAUUAGCAGUUCUCCAGUACCAUUCUGCAAUGGUGCACUGUGUGUCCUUCUCAGAUCACAUCAUUCCUGAAGAAAGACUGCUGGCUGCCGGCUCAAAAGACAAAAGAAUUAGUUUAUGGUCAAUAUAUUCCCAAACCUAGAAAGCAGUGGCAUAUUUUAUUCUGUGUAUGUAAAUUGUGUUUCAAGUUGCAAAGACACUUUGGUAAACCAAACAGCAACUACAACAAAAGUGAUGAAUUUCUGUGGUUUGACCUAGCAUUGUAUUCUAUAAUGUCUGGAUGCUGAUGUGUAAAGAGGCCUCUUGUAAUAAAUAUUUUUCACUUUUUCUU